CCGUGCGAGUUCGUCAAUUUUCGUUCUCGCUGAGAAGAAAAUUUUUCUUAUCCCAAUUAUUUUACCGUUUCAUGGGACGUGUUAAAAGUAUGCGGUUGUUUGGCGAUGCGACCGUUUGUACCGAGGUUUGGCUGCGGACUGGCUCUCUCUAUAACGUAGAGCAUAGACAGUCUCGGCGCAUUGGCCGAGAGUAUCCGUGGGUGGGGACAAGUGGGGGCCCUCUGACCCAAUUCCCGGUCGUUCAACCGCGGGUUCACCGCGCGAAAGUGAGAGUUCCCAUGUCGCCUCUCUCUCGCACUAUAAUCGACCCUCCGUCUCCGCUCUCGCGUACUCUCUUUCUCUUUAUUUCUCUCUGCACCUCUCUUGCCCCCCCACCCCCCUCGCCCCCCUCGCCCCCCUUCCACGCCGCCAUAUUUCUCUCGUUUUUUUUUUCCCUCACUCGCGAAGAAGUCGUCGGGCAUAUGGGUUCGUUAUUUCUCGAAAGUUCCUCACGCACUCGCACUCGUUACCGACGUCCGACGGGGUUAGCUCGACGACGACGACGACGACGAGUUGUUCGGCUUCUUCUUAUUAUCAUUCUUCCUCUUCCUCCUUCUUUCUCUCUUAGUUACGAAUACUCAACUCGGAGAUACGAGGCUACUACGAGCGCUACCAACAGUUCUACUAACGGAUUCCGUUCCCUCGUUAACCCCCUUCGAACGUCUCGCGCGCAACGCACGCCCACGAAGAACGCAAAUAACUUGAAAAGAAAAAAAAAGAAGGAAUUUUCUUGUUUUUGUUUAUCGUCGAGUUUUUAUCGGACAAACGCGUGCCGUAACGCGAAAAAUUUCAUCGUCGUGCAACGAGUAGACGUCGUUUUCAGCCCGCGGUACAAAAAUCGUCGUAGCGUCGACGUGAAAAGUAGUUCAUCCCAUUUAGUUCCCCGGCACAUCUAUUUAUCGGCAAUUGCAAACGACGACGACGACGCAAUCGCAACGAUCAUUGGAGGAACGAACGAUCGCUACGACAAUCACGCGAACUGGACGACUCGUACGAUUGAUUCAUACCCGCGAGAGAUCUACUUAAAUAUUUCGACGGUUCGCCGCAACGAUUGCGUUUCUAGUAUCGGUCAACGACCUCUUCCUGGUUCUUCCCCCCUCCCCUCCAUCCUCCUUCUUUAUUUUCUAUUCAACUCCUGCAGCGCGAGCGUCGGUGUGACUUACGUAACGUCGUCGUUGGUUCGCGCUUAGGUAGCGUUACAGGCGUACGUACGAACGCAUACACGGAGAGACGGAAAUUCACACACACAGACAGACACACAGAGCAUUUACGAAUCCGACGUCGCGUUUCGCAUGCGCGACUUAACGAGACCGUUCUAUAUAUUAGAAUUCUUAAGCGUGCGCGUAGCGGAGGAAAAGUAGUAACAAACAGCACCGACGCCAACCGGGAGAGGGAUGCCUGAAACUUCUCCGCCCAAGAAAAAGAGAGGGAAGUUUGUGGUUCAGUGACGUCGCAGUCGCGACCUCGCCUACCUCAACGCGCGCGCGUACGAUGGUCCCGUUGCCUCAGGCGCGGCGCGACGGUGAUACGUCCCGAUCUCGACUGCGCGCACCAACACCGCGGGGAAAAGUACACGCUUCGGCGUCGUUAUAGGAACGCUCGGAAUUCGCUCCGUUCGGAGCGUCCGACCGGCUCAGCGGUUGAGCGAGGAAUGCUCGCUGCCGGCGUAAGUCUGCCACCUGGCGAUUGAAGCCUGGCCUGGCCGCCUCGCUGCCUACCUAGGAGGUAUUCGAGGGAAGGGAAGAAGGUGCGGAUACGUCGGCGGAGGUGGAGGUGGAGGUGGUAAAGCCGCUUGAUAUAGUAGGGGGGGGUAUUGCCACUUCCUAAAGUGAUUUGGCGGACAGUGGCCCUGCCGUUCGAUCGCGAGGAUUGCGGGGCCGUUGACACUUUGGCCUUCAACUCUUGCACUCGCAAAUUAUUUGACGUGGCGUUCGCGCAAAAUUUGAUCAAGUGCUUCUACAAAAAUAUUUUAUCAAUCGCACUCGCUAUUGGCAUUUAUAUUUAUCAUGUAUAUGUAUGUAACGUAUAUUAUAGAUACGUCCUUCGACGACCGAACGAUGCGUAUUGCCAAUAUGAUAAACGAGAAAUUAUUUUACAGAAACGUUACACUUUACUCGGUAACGCGUAUAAAGAAAAUUCACUUUUUUACUUCGAUUCAUUCGAGACUCUUCGGUUAUUUUAUUUUUUUUUUUCGUUUUCCUCUUCGGUCAUUCGGUCGUUGCAUACAUUGCGAAAAGCGGCCCGACGUAUAUUCUAAGGACCAUUUCCGGCGAAAUCGACGUCCUACCGCGAAACUUUUACUCCGACCGCCCCCUCUCCGGUAUAUCGGCCACGCAGAUCAUGAGACUUGGAUAUUUCGAAUGGCCGAAUAUGAGGGGGAACGAAUUGUUGAAAGGAAGAAUGUUAGAAAUGCGGUCGGAAGGAUGUCCCAAAAAAUUUUACCGAGUACCUGCAGUGCGGGUCUGCGGGCGACCCUGGAUUAUAGCAUACCUGCACCGGUAGAAGACGAAUGGCCUAGAUGGGGAUGAACCGAGGAGCGAAAUGAAUAUAAGAAAAGCGAGGAAAAAUGAAAAUAGAAAUGACCAUAUCCGCAAUUCUUGGCACGGCAGAAGCUCCGCUCUUUGAUUUUUUUUUUUUUUUUUCUCUUUCCUUCUUCUUCUUUUCUUUUUUUCCGCUCUUUUUAUCUGUUUUUUUUUUUUUUUUUUUUGCAAGAGGAGAGUACCGUCCACGGUCACGAUUUCCGCGGUAGCUGCAUUAUUACCUUUAUAAUGUACAAUGGGGAGAAUCAGCAUAAAGUUCCUCGGAAUGUGAGUACGAGUAUAAUCCGAAACCACUGUAUAGUUACGGGUUAUCAAGUUUCUCGCAUCACCGCGAACAUAUUGUAUAUGUAUAUACAAUUCGUUAGCUAAACUCAAAUAAGGUUCGCGCGAUUAAGCGAUGUUUCUCAUUUCUCAAGGAUGUUUAAAUACACCAGACGAAUAUGCAGCGCAACGAGGACAUCGUGACCUACGUAAAAACGGGGGAAACAUUUGUACAAUUAUUGAGAAGAAGAAAAAAAAAACAAAAAAUAUAUAUAUAAAUAAAUAAGUACGUUGCACUUAAUUUGGCGAACUCGCGAUACGCGAAUCGUGCUAAGAGACGCUACGCUGCAGUCGAAUCGUAUGAAUCAUCAUUAUUUUCGAAUCGUGUGUAUAUCUCCGUUGUAUCGGCUGUAUAUAUUUUUCUCAGUUUCUCGCCUCUCUCGUUUAUGCCGAAACCGAAGUGAACCGCGAACCGAACGUAUUAUGUGGUAACGCUCGUUAAACCGACGACGCCAAGGUUUUUUUUUUCAACGAGUCCCUGCGCCAAAGCAAAAGGCGAGCGAGCGGGCGAGCGCGCGAACGCUUCCGCGUGACCAAGGCCAAUUUGCGAUCCGCGGGACACCGGUCACUAACAUUUCGGUCAACCUUGAACAGUUUCAUUCCUCCAUACACUCGUACACGAAUCGGACGAAUACAAUAAUAUAAUCUCUAUACACACGCAUCCAUCACACCUUAUUUUAACCAAUCACAUUCGUACACGACGCGGCGCACCACACCACCACCACUCACUUCGCGAUUACCGUCUAGAUAGAUAUAUACAUAUAUAUAUAACGAACCAUCGACCUUUCAAGUCUUCCUGGUGACCACUCGUCGUACGGUCAUCGUUUAUUAUAAAUUAUACAUCAACGUUAAUUCCAUCCAUUGCAAUCGAAAUGGCAACAAACUGUACGUCGUUUCGAUCUCGAUUGCGAAUGCCAACGAUUCAACUGUCCGCAUGUGAUAUACUUUCGAUAGUUUGAACGAGGAAUUUAAUGCGAUACGUGUGUACGUAGCUCGAUAUUUCUGACCCUGGAGAGUCCUACGCGUGUAAAUGCGAAAGACAAAAAUUACAUAUUCCUCAUCAACCGCACAUGUGUACAGUUAACCGUAUACCUCUGCACAUAAGUACAUGGAAAUCUCGUGUUUGUACGUACGAGUUAUA